UUCAAAGAUUUUUGCUCAGUAGUUUCUGUACCAUGUAUUAUGGAUAUUCUGUUUUGAGCUUGGAAAUACCUUUGAAAAAACUGCAUAAAUUUGGCUUUAACAAUUUCAAGUAAUGGACUAUCUCUCCUAGACUAUGAGUAGUUGUUCCAAAAGUUAGUGCUCUUUGUUCAAAUGCAGUGGCUUAAUCCUAGUCUGAAUUUAUUAAGCUUUAGCUUCAAUUCACUGGAUUUUACUGUAACCUAUUUUUAUUAGAUCCCUUUUGUCUAUUAUCCAAAAUACUUUCACUGUGUAUUUUUAGUAUAUAGAGCAGGGUCGAAUUACAUUUUGGCUAAGAUUUAAAUAGGUACUUUGAUUUCUUAUUAUUCCAAGUCUCAAAACAAUUUCUCAUGGCUCUUUUCUGAAGUCUUUCCAGAACUUUCAUUAAAUUCUCUUUCCAACAGAGAACUUCAAAAUGGGACACAAUCUUUGGCAGUUGUUCCAUUAAAAGUCUUAACAGAAAUAACUCUGCUUCCCUCUAACUCCUGCAUAAUCCUCUGCUGAUGCAUCUGUUGUAGCCCCUAUAACUGCAGCACUCCUCUAAGAGCUGCUGUUCCAUUACUGAGCCAGUCAAUUCUCUUCCUCUGCAUCCCUGAGUGCCAGGACAUGCUGAUGAUGUGCUCCACUUUCACCCACCUGCUGUACAACCACCUGAGCGGAGCAGGAGCAGAACAACCUUCUGAGGUCUGUGAGGUAGUACGGAGAGCAAGCUGUGGAGCCUUUCUCACUCAAGGGACAGUCCAACCUUCUGUACCAGCUUAUCUUAUUGGAGCUGUAUUGCUCAUGGAAAGGACAAAACACACACUACCCUCAAAUGAAUGACUUGACCUGGAAGGCUCCUCUCCUGCUAAAGCGCUAGGUAAUUUCUACCAUAAAUAUUCCAUAUUCAUGGGGUGCAGAUUACCAGACAACAGGGGGUGUGUAAAUGUGGCCCUUCCUGCUAACCUACACCAAACCAAGAUUCUGUGUACAUGGGAGUGUCUGCAAGGUUACUCUAUCAACAGUUCUUCCCAGUUCCUCCCAACAGCUCUCAUUAAGAAGUAGUUAUCUCUAAGACCUUGUAGCAAUUGCCCAAAGGUCAUGGAUCCUGCUAGGCAUUUCUUCUCUAAAAGCAUUACAGGGAUUUACAUGCGUACUACCAGGACAAACCUUUGCAUACUAUUGUUGUUAAAGACCUCCAUUAAAAAUGUAGGGUCUUAUGUUUUUAUAAAUCAAGAGACACUCAACUCAUGUUGACAGAGUAAUGCUGAUGCAUAAAGAAAAAUGAGAAACUUCUCAGAAAUCCAUCAUUUGUUCCAACAGAACAGCCGUUAAGCAUAACACUUUCCAAAGUACGUUAAGCCAUUGCCAUUUCUGUUCUACAUGAAGAUUUAUCCUUUUUUGUAGGUCAUCUUGAUCCCAUUUAGCACCAGCUGUGAACAGAAUGACAUAUUAGUGUAGUGUAUUUAUGAUAUGGUCUUUUGCAUUUUGUUCUCCUCCGGGAAUCUUUUCUGUAUCUUGAGUUAGUCACUGAGUACAAAUUUGCUUUCCAAGAUGUGCCAUGCAAGCAAUUACAAAAUAGAGAUACCAUCCUACAAUCUAUUGUAAGGUCUAUAGGAUAUAAGGUAAAACGCUACUCCUACUACUCUUUAGGAUACCUAGAAAACCUUGAAAGAUAAAUAUGCAUUUAAAGGUUUGUUGGCAUAACUAUGCAAUUUACCACAGGCAAACCAAAAUUACUAUACAAACAAAACAAUUCUCUUAUUAGUAAAAUUUGUUUCAUUUAGGGGAAUAGUGUAACUUCGAGUAGAAACCCAUGUUUUCACAAGGCAUUUUCUGGUUUAGCUGUAUCGGUCAAUUCUCAAAUGUGCCCAAGGCCUUAACCACUAUUUGUAUAGAAGUGGCUAUUACUUUCUGUGUCUUUGGUAUUUGACAUCUAAACUUCCUUCAGAAAAGGGAGCUUUGCAUUAAACACUUUAAAUUAUUUUUAAAAUGGCACAAAUGCAGUCAGCUGCUGUUGGAAAACAUCACCAUCACUGCUCUCUUGGUUCUUCUCCUCCAACAGCCCUUUUGGUCUCUACGACCAUCCUAUAAACCAUUCCACUCAGUGUUAAAAUUUCUUGAGAAAGUUUUAUUGACAAACACUUAAAAUAGCAGGUCAAGAUAAUCCCACAAUUAAUCCUGACAGAAUUGAGGAUAUAGUAAUAUUGCAUGAUUAAAGACAGAUAAGCCAGGAAAACAGCUGAUACUAGUCAGCGAAGUUUAAAGGACAUUUUUUUCUAAACCAAAAUUCAUUUCAUUCUUUGAGAUCACAAUUUAAUUGUCAGAGGUAAAAGCAACAGAUAGAAUGCACUUAGGUUUUUGCGGACUGUUGGACUGUUUCACUUCACUUUCACAAGGCAGCACAAUUAGAAGAAACCACUGGACAAUAUAAAUGUAUUUGUUUAUCAAAUGAAUUAACAACUGUCUCACUGCCAAACCUCAAAGAGCAUCUUUCAAAAGCAAUUGUCACUGAAUGAAACUGUUCAUUGUAAAGUUUCUGCAAAGAUGACACUUGGCCUGACACUAUGUGACAUCUUCGUAUAUGAACUGGAAGUCUGUAUAUGACAACAUCCACAGCAUCUGCAUAGGAGUGUUUAGGAGAGGAGUAUUUGUAUAGACAUCUUGAUUUAGCUGCACUCUAUAUAAUCAAAACUCAUUUCAAGGUAGACAGAUGCAGAACUUUGUACCUAGGCACAAGAAAUGGAGGUUGUUCCUACUGAGCAGAAGAUUGCAUCCUUGAAAAUCAUGACUUUUCAAACAGUUUUGGUGGUUGUCAUGGUCUUAUAGCAUUAUAUGAGCAUCCACAGUGAUGCUACUAUGUAAAAAGAGGUACAUGAAAGCCUUAAAAGAUGCACAGUGGAGCAAACCCCAGAAGAAAAUGAGAUUUUAUUUUUGCAUGUGGUACCGGUGGACUAGAAAAACCAUGUGUAGCCUCACAUGGUUCACCUUUUCAAAAAAGCACUGAAAUUCUGACACAGGGAAAACAAGAAGAGUCGGUGCAUUUUUAGACACGUUCUGGAAAAUAUAUUCUGUAGCUGUUUAUUUUAUAAGACAGCAAACUGAGAAGUAACUUGAUUACACUGUGCAAGUACUUUGAAAGGGGGGAAAUGCCUGCACUGUGGGGCUCCUUAAGCCAGCAGGAAAGAACGAGUGUCUAGAAGGUGAAGGCAGACACAAUGAAACAAUAAAUGAAGUACCAGGAAUUUUUUUAAGUGUGAGUGAUGGUCUUCUGGAAAAAGUGCUACAAAAAAAAAAAAAAAAAAAAAAAAAAAGCAAAACAAAACAAACAAACAAAAAAACACAAAACAAAACAAAACACUCCAGUUUUUGAUAUCUUCAGAUAUUCUGGAGACCCUUCAAAAGUUAUGCUUUAGCCAAACACAAGCCAUCAGGCCCUUGCACACAGGUAGAAGAUACCUGAUACAUAACAAUCUUGCUAAUUCAGGAGAACAGCAUCAGUGCAAAGCAAUCCUUUCUCACUUUACAGGUUAGGAACACAGUUUACCAGACUGUCGGAUCCCAGUUGUCAACUGAACAGAUACAAAAGUGAGCAUUUGAGAAGUCUGGGCUCACUUUAAACACCGUAUAUGCCCUGCUACAAAUCUAGAGAAGGAAGGACAAAAUCUUGUCUGUAUCUUUGCGAUUUUUUUUUUAAUGUAAGAGCUCCUAGUGCUAUUCAGACUUUGUGGCACAUGUGCAGUGUGGAUUAAGCUGUGCUUAUUAAAAAUGAAGCGUUAAUAAUAUUGACAGAACAUGUAUCACUAGAUUAGAUAAUGAGAUUCAUUCAGAUAAAUAACAAGUGCCAUUUUUGCUUAUAAAUACACCUUUUAUUUUCCUCUGUAUCAUGAGAAAUGAUAUCAUCAAACUUGUAUUUUUCUCUUGGCCACUCCUUUUCAUGGGUAACAUUAUCUGCAUAGAUAAUCUUCACAGAGACCUCUUACUUUCCGCCUAGCCUUGAAGGCCUAGUUCUGUCUUUAUUCUGAGGUCACCAAAAUAAUGACUGGUUGCUCUGGGACUGGAAUGACCAUCAAGAAUCUAAGAAAUAUAUUACGUAAGAUACUAUAAAAACAAUAAUUAAUUCCCAUCUACCAAAGGAAUCAAACUGCAAGUGGACAAGCCUGCAAACAGCACGAAGCAAACUUGACACAAAACAGAUAUUUCACUGUGUACAAAUAAUAGCUCUUGGCUGAUAAACGAAUUAAGUUUUAAGGUUGUUUGCACUGCCAUGAGAUCAUGUCUUGCAGAAUCAUAGGUCUCCAUCAAAUUACUGGAGAUUUUCUGAUGGCAGGUUAUGGGACCAUGACAGAGAUUUGUGAGAUGUUAUUUACUAAUAGCCAAUAGAGUAAUUUUGUUCUAGAUCUCUGUUUUCUAGUCUUGAUGAAAACUGUGUAAUCCUCCACGUCCCUAAGAAAGCUUCUGUCUGUGUUGGAAAGGAAAUGAUAAAAAGAGUGUAAUUAAGCAAUGAUGACCUUUAAGUGAAAUGUGGAUUCUUUACAAUAUACAAUGUCCUUCCCAACAGCCAUAUGUGUUUGUCAGAUGUUUACAGAAUCUUCAUUAACUAAGAGCUUUGCUAGAUAACAGAAGCUGAAGCAUGGCAUCAAUGACUCAGAUAAGGGCAAGUGUACAACCAAUCUGCUUGACAACUGACAAGAGGCUGGGGUUUGAAGCAGACUGCAAAAAGAACACAAGAAAGUUAUUUGCAAAGGGCAUUCCAGUUGUUUGCCUUCCAUCUCCUUUCCUCUGUCUGUAAUAGUACAACAUUUUUAAUCAGCUAAAAUACCCCUGUCCUCUCGUCUCUCCAUCAGAAAGUAAAUAUAUAAGAAAUGCAUUAUUUUGGAGUAUUAGCUGCACUGUCUGUUUUCAAUAUCAUUGCCUGUCUGACAAGAGGCAAGCCUUUGGAAAACUGGGACAAGUUAUCAGCUAUGGGAAAGUCUGACGCACCCUUUCACGAUCCUGGGGAAGUGGAAGAGGAGACCCAUUUUGACUUUAAAUCUUUCCUGGAGAAUAUGAAGAUGGAUUUACUACGGAGUUUGAAUUUAUCAAGGGUCCCCUCACAAGUGAAGACCAAGGAAGAACCACCACAAUUCAUGAUUGAUUUAUACAACAGAUACACUGCGGACAAGUCCUCCAUCCCCGCAUCCAACAUUGUGAGGAGCUUCAGUACUGAAGAUGUUGUUUCUUUAGCUUCAGCAGAAGAAAAUCCAUUUCAGAAACACAUCUUGCUCUUCAACAUCUCUAUUCCACGAUAUGAGGAAAUCACCAGAGCUGAACUGAGAAUUUUUAUCUCCUGUCACAGGGAAGUUGGGUCUCUGUCUAGACUGGAAGGCAACAUGGUCAUUUAUGAUGUUCUAGAUGGAGACCACUGGGAAAACCCAGAAAGCACAAAAUCUUUCCUCGUUUCCCACAAUAUCCGGGAGUGUGGCUGGGAGAUGUUUGAAGUAUCCAGCGCUGUGAAAAGAUGGGUCAGGGCAGACAAAAUGAAGACUAAAAACAAGCUAGAGGUUGUUAUUGAGAGUAAGGCUCUGGGUGGUUUCAAUUGUGGAAAGCUGGAUAUCAGUGUUACUCCUGACAAUAAAAAUCUGCCCCUGUUAAUAGUGUUCUCCAAUGACCGCAGCAAUAGGACAAAAGAGACCAGGGUGGAGCUCCGGGAGAUGAUUGUUCAUGAACAAGAAAGUGUACUAAAUAAAUUAGGAAAGAACAACACUUCAUCUGAAGAAGAAGAACCGGGACAGGGAAAGGCCGUCACUGGACCCCGCCGGCAUUCAUCCAGAAGCAAGAGAAGCAUCGGAGCCAACCACUGCCGGAGAACUUCCCUCCAUGUGAACUUUGAGGAGAUUGGCUGGGAUUCCUGGAUCAUCGCUCCCAAAGACUACGAGGCUUUUGAGUGCAAAGGAGGUUGCUUCUUCCCUCUGACAGAUAACGUUACCCCAACAAAACAUGCUAUUGUCCAAACUCUGGUGCACCUCCAAAACCCGAAAAAAGCUUCUAAGGCCUGCUGUGUUCCAACCAAAUUGGAUUCCAUCUCCAUUCUCUAUAAGGAUGAUGCUGGGGUGCCCACGUUGAUAUAUAACUAUGAAGGGAUGAAAGUGGCAGAAUGUGGCUGCAGGUAGUAUACAAGGCAGGAGCUCUGAGAAUAAGAAUACACCUCCUUCUGCUCUCUGUAAAUCUGUACAUUAGUAAUGAGUAUGAAAAUCCUUGCAAACAAGGUUUGGAGCACAGCAUUGGGCUGGCUGUUGGUGCCGCUUCUUUUGAAGGAAAGCUGGCAUUUAAAAAAUCGCAAUCGCUGUAAAUAGUCUGCAUUAUGUAUCAUGAAUUCAAGUUUUGUGAGAUUGAAAGAACCAUGCAUUAUUUCUAACAGUGAUGUAAUCUGAAUACCUUAUUUGAACUUUUCUCUUAAAUCAGUUCAGUUCAGGUCACAAACCAAAGCAUCUUCAAAGCAGCCUAUGGGAUUGAGGAUGUCCUGUACAUGUUUAAUAGACAGAGAAAUACAAUUCUUUCAUCCAACUCUGAUAUUUUCAACUUUUGUAAAACUCAGUGAACUGAAUUUGGUCUGCAUGGUAAAGUCAGGAGUCAAAAUUCUGCAAGCCUUUUCUCAUGUCAGUAAUCUCAACGGCUUUUACAGAUCAUUUUAAGACAAAUUAUUUACUCCUCUAAGUGAAGUUUUUCAAUUUCCAAAGCAGACGAGACUCUCCAUCUUGUUUCAUUCCCAAGUUUCCUUCUGUGGGUAACAGGUGCCUCAGUUUCAUCUUUCUUAUCCUCAAUGUCCCUAUUUUUACCCCUUUAUGGCACAUACUUGAAUGAUAAGAAGCACAGCCUUCCGCUUCUAAGACACUGUUUCCUAGGAGGAACAGCAGCCCUUAUCUCUGGACAAAGAUAAAGAGCCACUUUGACCUACUGCAUAUUCUUAGUAUUUCUUUGCAAGAACAUGCAGUCAAACAAUGUCCAGUCUUAGGAGCUGUAUCCUAACACCAGUGGGGGUUGGCAGUGCUCAGCACUUGUGAAAAGAACUCAUUUUUAGGGGUCUAAAUAUUUUUUUUGGAGUCUGCCACCAAACUGUUUUUCUUUUUCUUUAUUUUUUUCUUGGGAGAAACUCUAUUUUACAUACAAAAUUCUUUCAUGCCUUAGAAAUGUGAUUAAUUGAGAAUUCCUGUCUAUGUUUUGGGACACAUGCUAUUGCAUGAGAUAAAUACACUAUUAUACAAUGAUCCUCCUGACUUCACUUGUAUUUUCACUAAACAAGAAUCCCAUCUUUCCUGCAAUUAAAGAAAACUUUCUUUGAUUUUAGUGAAGGUUUUGCCCAUGCAAGAAAAUACAGUGUCUUGUGUUGUUUUCAGGUGCUAGUUUUAAGUGCUGUACAAAGCUCUCAUGGUCCACCUCAUUUCUAUCACUCUACCUUCCACCAAAAAAAAAAUAUAAAUAAAUAAAUCUAUCAGAGAACAUUUUUGAUUCAAACUCAUACCAAACUAUAUAUCUGUACAAAAUAUUGAAUAUUGUCUGAACAGAAGCUUAAUGUAUGGAAGCAACAUGAUUUAAAUGAAUACAUAUGUUUUAAAUUAAGGCAGCCUUUGGGCAAGACGAAUUCAUUCGGCACGAACAGCUCAGCUUGAAAUCUAAUAUGCAGUUUAUUUACUAUUGUUAACUUAAUACAGAGAAAAUAGCAGGUGAGUGUGAGUAGGAUGGUUGUAAUUCCAUCGAGAACUGAUGGUUAUAUCACAGACCAUGAGCACAAAGCACGAUUCAUCAGAAUCCUGGGACUGAUUUAUAGCCUUUUUCAUUAGAACUGGGCUGCAAUUGGAUCAGAUCUGAGGUCUGGGUCCAUGCAAACUCCAUCCAUCCAUAGAUGCAUGUCAUUAAACUGUUAGGUUUCCUGUGACAUCCUCUCAUUUUACCACUCCCCACUGGCUUCUGUCAUCUUACAGUUGUUAUGUCUUACUCCUUUCAGACCCCCCUGUAUUCUCUCCUUGUUUUGUUGAUGUCUCCUAAGCUCAUGAUAUUUUGUACAACUUGUCCUCUUAAAGUAAAAAAAAAAAAACACCAAACAAGUAUGUGGUGUGAACACAUUAGAAAACUUAUUCACCCAUGUGUUAAGGUAAUUGCAACUGUGUGCUGCUCUUAAGUCAUCUAAACACAAGGUCCUUGUUAUAAUUCCAAGUUCACCGAACACAGGACUUCAUCCAUAAUCAAAUGAAAAAAUGAAAUAGUAAGGAAGAAGAAAGACCAGUCCCCACAGAGAGAAAUUCUCUACAAUCAGUUGUUCUUUUUGUCACACUCAGAAGUCAAAUAUCAAUCUUUGUUUUCCAAACUUACUUGAAUAAAAAAUAAACAUAAAAAUAUC